AUGCCUGUGUUUAAAAAUCUAGUCGAACUCUUCUCUAACUUGUCACCGCGACGCCAACGCCAGACCGAAGAUCAACGAUCUGCUGUUCAACGUGCAGAACGACCGCCCUCGACCCCUCCUCGUUCUCGACCAGCUGGAUCUGGUCGCGACUCUUUUCCCCUGGGAUCUGAAAUCAACCUGACCGAACUCACCUCUCCCCGAAACACUGGGAUCACUCUUCUUCCAACGGCUGCUCCCAGUUAUGUCGACACUUUUUCGUCCCCAACUGGAUCUACAACCGCGGACGAACUAUUGCGCUCACGUUUCUCCCACCCUUUUCUAAGCCCAACUACCCGGUUAGACAUGUCCCAUCGGAACCCAGAACCUUUCCCUACCGGCAGGCCAAAGCUGAUGCCACCCAAUCCCAGGCCGGGUGAUUCGUCGCAGAUGUUGGACAAGGACCAGCAAAAAGAUUCCCAAAAUCGGCAAGAUGAGGCGCGUUUGUUCGGAGCCAAAUACCGUGACUCCCACGCCGUCAAGAUAAAGCCCGGCGCGUCCCUCCAUUCUAAGAACAAGAAACCAGGGUCUAGCUUCGCGUUCUCCCCCCAAAACAAAAUUUCACAAAAUCAGAAUGCCCGAAGCAGCGGGCCGGUCCGUUCUUACGGAGAACCAAAUCAACAAACUUCACGGAGAAAGUCUCCCAAAUUUGACGAUGCGUUCGAAGAGUCGAGUCGGCCUACUAAGAUCCGGCGCCAGAGUGAAACCAGCGAAACAAUUGACCUUACAGUCCCAGCAAAUCUAGCCAUAGAUCGGUUGGCACAACCCACAAAACGUCGCAACCGGCGUGAUAGUUCCAGGGACGCGGAGAAUGGCGCCAAAUCAGCGCAAAGCUCUAUUCGUCCCCAUCAUGACCAAUUCUCUUAUGCUGACUCUCGGGAUGAAAAGUUCACUGAAACAGCAGCGCAGCAACGCCGAAACAUGGCGAGAUCUACGGAUCCCCGACUAUCUCAGAUCAAUCGCAGAUCAAACCAGGCUAAUGAGGCCAUUGUUAUUGGGAACAUCGAGGUUGGAUCAAAAGGAUCUGGUCCGAAUCGCAUUGCAGUUCCUUUAACGAAUUUCCGUCGUCUUGCCAAUGGCAGGGAAAGUCCAGAUGAGCUCCAGGGCGACAUCACCACACAUCGAGUACCGAAAUCCUUGUCAGAAAAACAACCCCAGACCACUCGCCCAUCCAAACCCACCAUACAUACAGAAACACCGACUCGAAAACGCUCCCCAUCCGAUAUCCCACUUCAAGACUUUUCCUCGCCAGCACCGGCCAUCAAAAAGGCCAAGAUAUCUCAAAAGCACUCUGAUAAGAAACAUCAAUUGCGGUAUUUCCGAAUCGGUACCUCGAGCACAAGUUGUGAUAUGAAGGAAACCGUCCCAAUUUAUUCAAACAAGCAAGGGUUUGAAUUUCGUGAGGAUGCACUCGGCCAGGGUAACACAAUAUCAAUACCCUUCCAAAAAAUCAUGCACAUUGUGGUCGGCGAGAAGCCCAGCCGGAAAGUGAGAAUGAAACUCGCCCGUCCCUUCGAACCAGAUGAUCAGCUCGAUAUUGAGUUUUGGACCACCGACGAAAAGGAAAAAUUACUGGAAGUAUUGCCUAAAGCCGUUGCCCACCGCCAGAGCAAAGAGAUGAAAUGGAUGGACAGGUCGUUUUUGAGAUAUGAAAAGCAAUUCCCACAGGACAACACAUCGGAAAACAAGCGGCCCAAGAAGCGGCUUCUUGAUGAGUUGAUGGAAGACCCUGAUCCCGCGCACUCUCCUCCUCCCUCUCGACGGCCCAAACUUUCCAAGUCCUUGAGAGAUGACCAUGGUGAAGUCAACAAUGUUAAUUCAAUUAAGAUCAAAUGCGCCCAGGAAAAGGGAAGAUCUGGAAACGGCAAUGCCGAUUCUCGAGUUUCUGCCAAAGAGCCACAGAAUCACCAACCUCUCGAUGCCGACGGUCCUCUUGAUACGGAUGGUGGAGUUCGAACUUCCGUCAACCCACCGGAACGCGAGACCCGAUCUUCCACCCGCUGUGUCGUUAACAAGCCCGACGUGUCGAAUGGAGAUAUUACUUCCGAAAGAAACUCGAAGCCACUUCUCAGGGACGAUUCUUUCCGGCACAUUUGGGAGAAACCAUUGGUGUACCCGCGAAGUGGAAAGAAGAAGGCUGAGGUCACACUGAACGAUCGUGAACGGUUACUCCGUGACGACUUUUUGAACGAUAACCUGAUCGCUCUCUACAUGCGUUUCCUUCAGGAUCAUCUCGAACGCACCAACAAGGAGGCUGCCAAACGUAUCUACUUCUUCAACACCUACUUCUUUGCAACCCUCACGAACACCCCACGGGGGGACCGUGGGAUCAACUAUAGUGGUGUGGAGAAGUGGACUCGGAACGUUGAUCUCUUCAGUUAUGACUAUAUCGUCGUUCCGAUCAAUGAGAGUGCCCAUUGGUAUGUUGCAAUCAUUUGCAACUUGCCAAGCUUGUCUCUUGGUUUUGCCGACGGCGUAGAGCCGGUUCAAACGCCGACUUUACAGAAAGAGUCAUCCAAUGCAUCUGAGAGUGAGAUCCAGGAAAUUGAAGAGACCCCUGAGCCGGAACCAAAGUCAAAGUCAGAGCUCAAUGCUUCUGACAAGGCCAGUCCACCUCGCGAGAUUCGAAAUGGAUCUGAUAUCGGAGGAGACCUUGCUUCCCUGCAGAUUGAGGCGAAUGAGCAUGCGAUACGGGAUACAAAGAACUCAGAGGAUCAGUACCCGCCCACCAAACCCCCACUUCCACUCCCAAAUCUCUCCAAAUUCGCUGCCCAAAAGCUAGCCCAAGACCAGGCUGCGGCGUCACAACCCACCCACAAAUCCAAGAAGAAAAGAAGUGGGUUAAAGUUGGAUCCAAACCAAACAACGAUCAUCACAUUUGACUCUCUUGACAUGCCUCGCUCCCCCACCAUCAAAAUCCUACGCGAGUACAUCUGCCGCGAAGCAGAGUCCAAACGCGGCGUUGAACUCGACCCGAACGACGUCAAGGGCAUGCGGGCUCGCGAUAUUCCCCUUCAGCCCAAUUUCUGGGACUGCGGUCUUUAUCUGCUGGCAUACCUGGAGAAGUUUGUUCAAAGCCCUGAUUGGUUUAUCACCAAGGUGCUACAGCGGAGUAUGAGCUCUAUCGAUGACUGGCCUCCACUAGGCUCUGGUCUCCUGCGAUACCGUCUUGGAAAGUUCUUGGACGAGCUGUACGAAGAACAGGGGCAAGCCAAUGAGCCUGUCAUGGCAGCCAGACAACCCGUUUCAUUCCUGCUUGGCCCACCCCUUCCUUCUCAGGAGGAAAUUCCGAAUGUUGAUGUGGUACCUGAAUCUCAGCAGGAGACUGAUCCUUCAAAGGACCCUGCAAAAACUGCCGAUUCGAAGACAGAAGACUCGAGUGAAGAUUCAACCACGGACCAGAUGCAUCUCUUACCUACCGCAAAACCCCCGAAACACACCCAAGCAUUCUCCAACCCACCUACAGACGCAGAAUCGCAAAAUGGCCAUGUUCCUCCACCAAAGGAGGAACCCAUCAUCCAGGUACCCGGUAGCCAGGAAGAGCCCGAAGUGCCAAGCACACCACCGCGCCCUACAAGAAAAGAACGAAAGAGACAAAGCCCACGAGGCCCUCUGCAAAAGAGAUGA